UAGGCGUGGGGGAGAGGAGUGGGAGGGGCAGGAGGCAGGGCUGUAACAGUUCGGCGAGGCAGACGGAAGACUCGCUCGCUUCUCUUUGUUGGAGUCCGGGCUGCAGGGGUUCCAGUGUGGACGGACCAACACCGCCCAGGGAGGCGCGGCGGCGGAUUGCAACCGCUCCACGGUCCAUUGAGAGAGAGGAGAGAGAAACUAACGGCGAGACGUUAAAUAACGGUGAAAGCGUGCACCCCGAACUCUGUUAUCGGGUCACCACCCAACACACCAUGGUGAAGGACGGCGCUGGAGAUCGGCAGGGCAAGGACGAGAUGAAGAUGAAUGUGCGGAACGCAGCAGAGGAUGCCCAGCCGGACGGGACACAGGAGGGAGCAGUGGCAGACGCUGCCAAAGGAACGGCGGGAGCAACGCGAGGAAAAGCCUUUGGGAUAGUGAGCUACAUCCUCCUGGGUCUCUUUGUCCUGCUGACGGUGAUGUUUGUCGUGGAGCUGCUGAAGUUCAGACAGAUGUCUGGAGAAAUUAAAGAGCUGAAGGAUAACAUCACAUCGGAACUUGCGAGCAUGAAGCAGGAACUGAUCUCAGUGAUUCGGGUGGAAAACGAACAUUUGGCCACGGGACAGAAAAACAUAGAAAACAGGAUUUCCAGCUUGUGGGAUCAGACGCGCAAAUGGCACGGUGACGUGCGCGCUCAGCUCGCGGACAUGAGGGAAAACUGUCGCCCCCGGUUCGAGUGCCCCGACCAGUGGACGUUAUUCAGCCAAAAGUGCUUCUACUUUUCACCAGACUCAGAAGAUUGGGUGUCAUCGCAGAGGCUUUGCACUGCCCAGAUGGCCAACCUGGUUGUGGUCGACAGCUCUGCCAAACAGGCGUUUGUGAGAAAAGAGGUCAAGACAACACGACACUGGAUUGGCCUGAAUGAGUCCAGCGUGGAUGGGACCUGGCAUUGGGUGGAUGGUACUGACUACGUUCCUUCACAGACGUUUUGGGCCGACGGAAAACCCAAAAGCACUGGAAGUUACGAAGCUUGUGCUGGUACUAACCAUGAUGGGUCCUGGAUGGUAUACUCAUGUAGUGAAAAAAUGAAUUACAUCUGUGAGCGGCCUGUGUUUUGCCAUUUUAAGUAACCCUUCACUUAGUUGAAGAUCUGAAUCUUGUUUGGAAACAUAUUUUCUGAUCCUUUUUUAAGCUAUGUUGUAACCAUGGCCUAACAACAAGAUCAACUUGCUGCCUGAAACUGAGUUCCAUCAAAUGUAGCGAAGAGGCUGACAUUUCCAGCUUGUUCAAUGCCCACUAGUAAACUAUGCGUUAGGAAUUUAA